AUGAGUUUUAUUUGGGACUGGUUGUCUGGUUCUGUGUCAAAGGUUCUGAGUUAUCUCGGCUUAUGGCAAAAAAACGGAAAGCUGGUAUUUUUAGGGCUAGAUAAUGCUGGGAAGACAACAUUACUGCAUCGUCUGAAAGAUGAUCGCAUGGCUCAACAUGUUCCAACACUUCAUCCAACUUCUGAAGAAUUGUCGAUCGGUGGGAUGAGAUUUACAACAUUUGAUCUUGGUGGGCAUGAACAAGCAAGGCGCGUCUGGAAAAAUUACAUCCCAGCUGUUGAUGGCCUUGUCUUUAUGGUAGAUGCAUACGAUCGUAACAGAUUCUUGGAGUCAAAGAAGGAGUUGGACAAUCUCCUGCAGGAUGAGCAGAUAGCUCACGCUCCUAUUUUAAUACUCGGAAACAAAAUAGAUAAACCCGGUGCAGCUAGUGAGGAAGAAUUGCGGUAUUUCUUGGGGUUACAGGGAAUCACAACAGGAAAGGGUACCAUUAAUAAAACUCAAAUACCUACUGGGAGACCUAUUGAACUGUUCAUGUGCAGUAUAUUAAAACGGCAAGGGUAUGGUGAAGCGUUUAAUUGGCUUGCUCAAUAUCUUGAUUAA